AUGCUUGCGGCGCUCUUAUUCGUUCGUCAAGUUCCUAGAAUCCCUAGGUACCAUAGGCAAAUCCCACAGUUCAGCGUUGGACGUCCACAUAAGUUCGUUCACGACAGAUACGAGACAUUUCGUCGUUAUCCAUUACCAAAACCACAUCGUCGCCACCAGAGAAUCCCAAUGCGCCAGCCAGAUGAAAACAUUUUCAUCCCAUUCAUUGGAGAAGUCCCACUUCCAGAAAUUAAGUUACCACCUCUUCCAGAGAUCAAGUUACCACCACUCCCACAGAUCAGAUUACCAGAAAUCAAGUUACCAGAGAUCAGACUCCCAUGGCUCCAAUUGCUCCAGUAA